GCAGAGCUCGCCGUCUGGCCCUGAGAGCCCAAGGGGAGCGGAGCCGCAGCCGAACCCCAGCCCGAGCAAAACCCGGUCGGAGCAGAGCCCUCUGGCCACCCAGCGCCGCCUCGCCCGUGCCCCCGACUGUCCCCGCGCUUCUCUCGGGUCCCUCUCCUGCCCUCGCGGAGGGUCUGCGCCCCCUGCCCAAUGAAACUGGCUGCGAUGAUCAAGAAGAUGUGCCCGAGCGACUCAGAGCUGAGUAUUCCGGCCAAGAACUGUUAUCGCAUGGUCAUCCUCGGCUCGUCCAAGGUGGGCAAGACGGCCAUCGUUUCGCGCUUCCUCACGGGCCGCUUCGAGGAAGCCUACACGCCCACCAUCGAGGACUUCCACCGCAAGUUCUACUCCAUCCGCGGCGAGGUCUACCAGCUGGACAUUCUCGAUACGUCCGGCAACCACCCGUUCCCUGCCAUGCGGCGUCUCUCUAUCCUCACAGGAGAUGUUUUCAUCCUGGUGUUCAGCCUGGACAACCGCGACUCUUUCGAGGAGGUGCAAAGGCUCAAGCAGCAGAUCCUGGACACCAAAUCUUGCCUCAAGAACAAAACUAAGGAGAACGUGGACGUUCCCCUGGUCAUCUGCGGUAACAAAGGGGACCGAGAUUUCUACCGGGAGGUGGAGCAGCGUGAGAUCGACCAACUGGUGGGCGACGACCCCCAGCGCUGCGCCUACUUCGAGAUCUCAGCCAAAAAGAACAGCAGUCUGGACCAGAUGUUUCGCGCGCUCUUCGCCAUGGCCAAGCUGCCAAGCGAGAUGAGUCCGGACUUACACCGCAAGGUGUCAGUUCAGUACUGCGACGUGCUGCACAAGAAGGCGCUGCGCAACAAGAAGCUGUUGCGGGCGGGCAGCGGCGGCAGCAGUGACCCCGGUGACGCCUUCGGCAUCGUGGCGCCCUUCGCGCGCAGGCCCAGCGUGCACAGCGACCUCAUGUAUAUCCGCGAGAAGGCUAGUGGGGGCAGCCAGGCCAAGGACAAGGAGCGCUGCGUCAUCAGCUAGAAGCCCUAGCCCCGCCAGAAAGCAACCUGAGGAGGACCAAUUUUGUUUAAAAAUAAAAUCCAACUCCCAGCCAGUCCCCCGUGCGUCCAGGUCCUGGAGAGCGCGCGCGCUGUGGUAUUUUCCCUUUCCAGACCAGGUCUGCGCUUUGGGAAGGCGCCACUUGAGAAGGGACAGUCAUCUGUUCUGGAAGCAAAGAACCAGCUGAGACUGAGACACUCCCACCUCCGACCCUCCCCCAUAGGCGUCCCACCCCCACCACACGGGGGACAGGCUGCUGGCAGAAGGGGAAAUCUAUAUUCUUUUCUGGGGGAGACUUGAGAAUGGGAGUGGGGGAGAGGGAGUCAAGUUCAUCUGCCACUGUCAGGCGUCAAGUAACCAUCCUGUCCCCUCCGCUUGGGAUAGGGUCAGGACCAACUGGGCAUUAUCUUAUCUGUGAUUCCACGUUGCCAAGAGGCUGGCCAAAGCCUCUGCCCUCCAGAAACUGAGGAGGGAGUGGGUCAAAUCAUAGCCAAAUGACUUGUUUACAUUGUGUGUGUGUAUGUGUGUGUAAAGUUGCACAAGGAAAAACAAAACACAAAACUUGCACUUUAAUAGAAGUUCCAGUGUCAACACGGAAAUGAACAAACUCUCUAGGCAUUUAUACGUGUGAGGUCUUUAAAGUUAUUGUUGAUGGUUUUUGAUAUAAAAUAAAAAUCAUUUAAAAUGAACAAA